AUGCUACGCCUCAAUGGAACCGACGGCAGGCCUUUCACCUUCCUCCUCACAGGGUUCUCUGGCCUCGGAGCUGGCCACGGGCCCUGGCUUUCCAUCCCGAUGUGCUUCUUGUAUCUCGUCGCUCUUUCCGGCAACUGCCUGAUCCUUGUCGUGAUCAAACUGCACCCCAGCCUCCAUGAGCCCAUGUACCUCUUCCUCUCCAUGCUGUCUCUCACAGACCUUGGCUUAUCCGUUUCCACCUUGCCAACGGUGCUUCAGAUAUACACCUUUGACUCCAGGGAAAUCUCUGCCGAAGCCUGCCUGGCCCAGCUUUUCUUCAUUCACACCUUCUCCAUCAUGGAAUCCUCUGUGCUUCUCGCAAUGGCCUUUGACCGCUUUGUCGCGAUACGUCACCCUCUGAGAUAUGUCUCGACAUUGACCAGAGUGAGGAUUGGGUACAUUGGGCUGGCCAUUGUCUUGAGAGGGGUGGGGCUUCACAUCCCGGCUCCCAUCAUGUUGAAGAGGCUGCCCUACUGCAAGAGCCACCAACUCUCCCAUUCUUACUGUCUGCACCCAGACAUGAUGAAGCUGGCUUGUGCAGACACCACCCCCAACAGCACUUACGGCCUCUUCGUUCUCCUCUCCACUCUGGGCUUGGACUCCAUGCUCAUAGUCCUGUCUUACAUACUGAUCCUCAGAACAGUGCUGAGCAUUGCUUCUCGGGAGGAGCGCUCCAAAGCCAUGAGCACUUGCAUCUCCCACAUCUGUGCCGUCCUACUCUUCUACACGCCACUCAUCAGCUUGUCCAUGAUCCAUCGGUUCUGGAAAAAGGCUCCUCCUCACACCCGCAUCCUCCUGUCCUACCUCCACUUCCUAGUCCCUCCGGUGCUGAAUCCCAUUGUCUAUGGCAUAAAAACCCAACAGGUUCGAAAGCAGAUAAUCAGGUUGUUCCGCCAAAAAAACUUGACAAGGCACAGGACGGAGUCUUUUUGCAUCCCUGUGCGUGUGUGUUAA